AUGUCAAGCAGUUUUGUUGAAAAGAAGUGCAAUUCUAUAAUGCUUUAUGAGUUGGUCAGCAUUGUCCGUGUGGUAAAUCCACUGGCUGCAAAUACGGAAGCCAAGGAAUUGGCUACUACAAUCGGGAAGCUUAUCAUUCAGAAUAGAGGUGUGGUUAGACGGGUGCUUCCUGUCGGGAAUAAGUUGCUUCCGAAGAUUAUAAAGAAGGACCAAGAACAGCAUUUUCAAGGCUACCACUUCCUCAUGCUUUUCGACUCGUCGGCGGCAGUACAAUCCGAAAUCUUGCGGACUCUAAAGAAAGACCCUCGUGUCAUCAGGUCAUCUAUAGUUAAAGUCGACACGUCAAAGCAGCUUGAUGUUGCUUCAUCCAUUGAGAGAGCAGCAGGCUACAGCUCCAUUCUGGAAAAGGUGAAAAAAGAUGCAUUUUAA